UCCGCCGGCGGCUCCCGCGACGUCCCCUCCAACAACUCCAAGGGGGUCUCCAUGAGGCUGGACGACGACCUCGCGAUGCUCUUCGAGCUCCCCGACCCCGCUGACUCCUUCUCCUCCACCCUCGUCUCCUUCGCUCUGGACGACGCCGUCACCGCUUCCGCCGACUUCGCUCACACCCAGGUUACUGCCGGCGAGACUACCGAGAUGGUCGAGGUCGAGGAGGAGGACGAGGAGGAGCCCCUCCCGGACCAGAACAAGCUCGCCCUCCCCGAACUGCAGGGCGGCCACGGCCUCAGCCCCCGUUCCAAGCGCCUCGUCUCCGCGGUCCUCGCGGACCUCGCCGCCGGGCUCAACCCCACGGCCACCACCCUCCGCCUCCGCCGCGCCGCCUUCUGGGGGAGGGUGCGCGUGGCGAUCCUCGCCGUGACGAUCGCCACCGUGGCCGCCAUCGAUCUCAUCCUCGCCAUUGCCCUCUUCUCCCACCGCCGCGGCAGAUACCACUACGACGGCGUGCCGCCUCCUACUUGACUACCAUUGUUGAUUCACCGCACAUUUUGUUGCCUUAUAUGUAUAUAGGUAUAUAGCCUUUGCACAUUUUGUUUGCCUAUUGAGCAGGUGACUGAUUUUCUACACUUUGUCAGUCGAUGCAUCCCGCACCGUCGGAUGAUGCCAUCCAUCCAACUUGCGUUGAUGACUAGCUAAAGUGUGAACACUGAUAUACGUGUCUCACAUUUUGGAUAUUUAGACUUUAGCAUUUUGGACUGCGCCUAUUCUAUCUAGGCUCUCAUUUUGGUCUUUUUGAUAUGGGCCAAAUGUAUGGAUAUUAAAUUCUAAUGUGGACCAAUGAUUAUGUUAACAAAUUCAGAUCUGUUGAUUAUGUUAACAAAUUCAGAUCUGUGGUUUGUAGUUGGACUUGGUAGUGCAUCUUUUAAAUGUUUGUACUAGAAUUUUU